AUGUCGGACAUCUACACCCUCGCCAAGAACGGAAAGCUGACGGAAAAAAAAUUGGAUGAGUUCCUCCAAAAUUCCCAAAUCGACGCUGAAAACUCCCACAAGCGGACUCUGCUUGUAGAAGCAGUCAGGGGCGGCCACCCUAGCGUGGUAGAGCUUCUUAUUCGCAAAGGUGCUGAAGUGGACAAGCGGGAUGCCUACGGCCGGACGCCUUUGCACCUGGCCGUUGUAACGAGGAAAAAUCGCAUCGAGACCGUUGAGGCACUCAUCAAUGCCAAAGCGGACCCAGACUCUGCUGAUAACGAUGGUAACACCCCGUUAAUGGACGCCAUUUCCAGGACGGUAGAUGUACCAGUGAUGAAACUACUCGUCGCUGCUGGUGCAUCGACGACCAAGAAGAACGGACUGGAUCAGUCUGCUAUCGACAUCGCGAAUGGAAAGAAUGACCUUAAUGUCAAGAGAGCAGUUCUCCCUGCUGAUGAACAGUCUCCUGGAAGGCUUGAGUUCAUCGCUACCAUCGUCAACCUAGUCCUCUUCAUCCUUGCGUACGUAAAUAGCGGAACCGUGAGGGGUGUGGUCAAGGGAGUCGUCUCAAAUCUCUACCACAUGAUCGGAAACACCAAGCCUGACAGGGAGACCGCCAAAAAGAUAGACAACCCAGAGACUGUGGAUGACUUCAAGAAGAACAUUGACAAUUUUGUGCGCAUCGAAAGUCCCGAGCUUAGUGCUUUCUUCAAGCCAAAAAACGACUUCUUCCAAAAAGUGGCGGAAAAGGCGGUCGAGCUGAAAGAAGAUCCGAACAAUCAUCUCAAGGCUCCCAGCCAGAUUAGCGACCUCACCAGGCUGGCACUAUACCAGCCGAUCCUUUACUGCGACGACAGUGGGUCAAUGGGGACCGUUGACACGGAAAAAGGCCCCAGCCGCCAGGAGCUGCUUCGAAGGCUUGUCACUCGCAUGUGUAGCAUCGCCACCCGGCUUGUUCCGGACGGCGAGGGUGUGCAUCUACGUUUCAUCAACAAGGACCAGCCCCGCACCGGUGCGUAUGAUAACCUGAGUAAAGACCAGAUCGACAAUGAGCUCAAAUUCGAGCCGAGUGGUGGGACGCGCAUCGGCACGGAGCUACGGAACAAGAUUCUCAAGCCUUUUGUAUUCGAUGUCUUUGCGCGCGGCCAGACGCUCAAGCGGCCCAUCCUCGUUAUAGUCAUCACCGAUGGAAAACCCACAGAUGAUGAUCCAGAUGCGUUCAAGAAUGCCAUCGUUGAAUGCGGCCAGGCACUGGUGGACAAAGGCUACGAGCCGGAAGCCUGCCGCUUCCUUGUCAGCCGCAUUGGUAAAGAUGAGACCGCCGGCAACUUCCUUAACGCUCUCGGGGGCGAUCUUGCCAUCGACAGGGUUGUGCACCGCACGUCAGGCCCACUGGACACGAAAUUCUCUGAUUUGAGCAAGAAUGAGGCCCACGUUGAAGAAUGGCUUCUCAACGUUCUCAUGUCUCCAAUCACAGGCAGAUCUCGCGGUUAA